AUGCACACCCAUGAUUCAGUGCAGCGCUGCGUUUACAAAGACCUGAUUGCGCUGUUGGAGGACGGUUGCAUGAUGACUGAGAAGGAAAAGCGAGCGAAGUUGGAGCCCUGUUAUAGAGGCGAUCGACUGGUUGCGGAGACAGAAGCUUGCAACGGAACGCACUUUUGCGAGGUUCGCGAGUGGCGAGAUCGGCCGUUGAAGAUUUGGCGCAGCGCUCUUCCGAUCGGCAGACACGCACGGGGAGGAUUGUUGGUCAAAGAAGUGCGUUUCGGCGAAAACUCCGAGGCCUUCCGCGUAGACAUGGGCUUCGCGAACAUCGCCGCGCAAAAAGUGAUAGCCACCACUGACUGGGAUUACUUGGACGCGCACUACAUUUACCGAAAGAUCCAAAACACGGACAACUUUCGGGAAGCAGAUGGCGUCCACUGGAAUCAACUUGCUCAUCGCUGGCUCACGUUUAUCUUUCUACAGCGAGUGUGCAAGCUAUGGCGUUACAAAAUCGAGUCAUCGCCUGAGGAACUGGCAAAAAUGUUCCAAGACGUGGCGAACAGAGCCUGCACCGAGAGACCAAAACAUAGAGGUGAAAAAAGAAAAGACAGAUCUCCUAGUGUUGAUCGAAAAAAGCGUCGAUCAGAGAGCAACAGCCGAGGAAACCAUCAUGACGGCCGUGGUGGAAAUCAUCACAAUCGACCAGUGCAUCACCAUCGUGACUCGACCCCGAAUCACGGAGACUGGAAGCAGACCUAUCAGCCUCCUUCCAGCGGAUGGGUACCUACGCCUGUCCAAACCAAUCGUCACAACCCGUUCCAACAAUUGCCUCAAUCAAACCCCUUCCAACAACGGCCACAGAGUCAUGGCUGGGGCCCCGUCCAUCCUCCAAGACCUCACUUACCGCCCCCGGGACCUCCUCCUCGAUAUGAGCCUCCUCCAAGGCAGCAUGUGCCUCCUCCAAGGCUCCAGUACCAUCCUCCAGGUCCUUUCAGACCCAUUUUAACCCCACCUCCACCGCCAAAUUCCCAGUCUUACAACAGAUACGGAGAAUUUUGA